AAAUAGCACAUAAAUCAAUGUUUUUACCACCAUAUAAUGACGCCUUAAACAUAUAAAAAUAUAAUUAAGAUGGAAAAUGAUUAUCCAAAGAAGACUGUACACAGCAGCUGUUUUAACAAUGGUGGGGAUGUCCUGUAUCGUAGUUAUAAUUAGAACCCAGGAUAUAGAAUACUUUGAUCGGGAGAUACUUUCCAGAUUGAGAUAUCUUCAACCUGACUCUGAUGAACCUGCAACGGAAAUAUCUCCGCCCUGUGAUGAAGACGACCUUCAGAAUACAGAAGAUAUCAUGGCUAAACUUAGAGCAAAAGAUAUACUUUCUGUCGAUUUUGUGGAAAAUCUACCAAUAGAAAAAUAUCAGGAGGCCUCUUGUCUUCCCUUGUUCUAUGAAAUAGUAGCUAAACCAAUCCAGGGAGUAUGCAGAUCAAUGAAACGAAUUGGAGGAGUUUGGAUCGGCAGUUUGCAAGCUUUAGACGGAGAUAAAUUUGUCUGUAUGGAUAAAAUCAGAACGGCUGAAACCUGUAUUAUUUACUCUUUUGGAAUCAAUAACGAAUGGAGCUUUGAAGAUAUUAUGGAUACUAUGAACUGUAAAAUCUAUGCUUAUGACCACACGAUUAAUACAUCUCCAAACAGAGGGAAAGGUAUUUCUUGGUUUAAGAAGGGAAUGGGUUCCAGCAAAGCUGGAGCACUCGACACUCUAGAAAACCAUAUUCGUUUUAACAAACAUGAAAAUUCAACAAUUGAUUACCUGAAGGUUGAUAUAGAAGGAGAAGAAUUGAAUUCCUUGCCCCAGUGGCUUGAGAGUGGAGUUUUGAAGAAUGUUGAUCAAUUAGGAAUGGAAUUCCAUCUUAAAGGGCUUCAUAACACCGUUUUAUUUAUCUAA